AUGAACAAGGAUCAAAACAAAACUACAUCUCUAUCCAACACUCAAAAAGUUAUAACUUCAUUAGUUGCCGGUGGUUGUGCAGGUGCUACAGCUAAAACAACAAUUGCGCCAUUUGAUCGAGCUAAAAUUAAUUUUCAAGUUAGACCCGAUAAAUUUAGUUAUAGCGUUUGUUUUAAAUUUAUACGAGAUACAUAUCGAAAUGACGGUUUUAUUAGUUUAUAUCGAGGAAAUUCAGCUAAUUUAGUUCGUGUUAUACCUGCUGCAGCCAUUUAUUUUACAGCUCAUGAACAAUGGAAACGUCUGCUUGCUACAGAUAAAUAUGAAAAAACACCUGGUCGUCGGUUUAUUGCUGGUUCUUUAGCUGGUCUUACAUCAUCAACUAUUGUUUAUCCACUUGAUUUAGCAAGAGCUCGUAUGGCAGUAACUAACAAAACUGUGUAUACUAAUUUAUACGCCGUCUUUGUAACUGUUCUACGAACCGAAGGUGUUGCAUCUCUAUAUCGAGGCGCACUAUUAUCAAUGAUUGGCGUAUUACCUUAUUCCGGUUGUGUCUUUUUUACUUAUGAAUCUCUUAAAAAUAUUCGCUUAGAUUAUCAUUCUCAUCGUCCUAUUAAUAAAACAGAACGAAUGUUAUUUGGAGCUAUAUCUGGUCUUAUUGGUCAAACUGUUUCGUAUCCGUUUGAUGUUGUUCGGCGACGAUUACAAACUGCUGCUGUUAUACGACCUAAUGAAAGAACACUUGGUGCCAUAGCAACAGCACGUAAAAUUAUUCGUGAAGAAGGUAUAACAAGUGGUCUAUAUAAAGGUGUAACAAUGAAUUGGAUGAAAGGACCUAUAUCUGUAGGUGUUUCAUUCGUGACGUAUGAUACAUUAAUUAAGUUAAUUCGUCAAUCAUCUUUGUUUGCUCAAAAUACUUGA